AUGUUGGAGCUUGAUGAGAAGAGUUUUUCUAGGGUGGAUGUUGACGAGGUUGUGGUUGUGUAUGCGGAAUACACGUUGAGUUACAUGAUUGGAGGGCCGGACCGGCUUCAUCACGUGAUGAAGGUGGCGAGAGGGCUUAGGUUUCGCGUGAUGGUGGUGGCGGAGGUGGAGGCGAAUUGCAACUCCCCGAUUUUUGUGGAGAGAUUUGUGGAAGCUAUGUUGUUUUAUGGUGCUUACUUCGAGUCCAUGGCAGGGUGCGUAAAGAGUGAGGAGCAUAGAUGCAUUGCUGAAGCCACGUGCUUUGGCUCGUCGAUAAGGAAUGUGGUGGCAGCCGAGGGGAGGAAGAGGAAGAUCCGGCAUGUGGGGAUAGGUGUUUGGAGGGCCUUUUUUGCGCGUUUUGUGUUUGAGGAGACGGAGUUGAGCAUGUCCUCGGUGUACCAGGCGAACCUCGUGGUGAAGAACUUCGCUUCGGGAAGCUUCUUCACCUUUGGUAUAGAUGGGAAGAGCUUGAUCAUUGGGUGGAAGGGGACACCAAUGAGUUCUAUCUCUGCUUGGAGGUUUGAUUUGUUCUAA